CGGCAUAGACGGAUAUUAGUGCUUCUAAUGAAAACAAAUCAAAACAUUUAAUUUUAUGUCAAAGUUUCUAUAAUAAAGUAAUAAUGACAAAAGUUCUGAAUAAGCUUAAAUGAUAUUUGAUAGUUUUUCGUGCUACUUCCCUGUGACAUAAACUUCCAUGAAUAAAUUUCUAAAUUUAUCAAUGACAUAAUCAGAUAAUUUGCUAUUUCAUUUGACACCUAGGCCUACUUCAAUUACUUGAUUGUAUCUCAUUUCAAGUCAAGAAUUUGUAUGAUUUAAAUAUUUUUCUUGAAGAAAUAAACAUUAAGUAUGGAUUUGUUUAUGAAGCUGGUCAUCAUAUACUGUAUAAGGGCAUUGUGUAUAAUUGUAUUCAUGAUGACUUUAUCAUGGAAGGCUAUGGUGUAUUUCACAAUAUUUUUAGUGUCACUUUAUUUCCUACCACUGUUUCCACGUAAAUCUUCCAGUAGUGAAAGAAAACCAGCGAAAACAAAAGACAUCAUAGCUGAACUGUAUCCUAAAACAGAAGAGGCUGUGUUGGCAAAACAGGUGUCUGAUGCUAUUGUUACUCUUGUGUCAUAUGACGUUGAAGAUACCCCUAGUCUUCAAGGAUUUGAGACAAUAAAACAGAAUUCAAACUGUGUUUUUGCAAGGAAAGCCAAAAUAUGGGGCUCACCAGCAUGGAAUUACGAUCUUAAUUUAGAUGGAAACAUAUUUAGGAUACUACCAAUGUUGGUUAAAUUCACCAUUGUGUGUACUAAUGAGAGACUAGAUGCUUUUCUGAUAGAGUUGCCAGGCCACAUGUAUGGUGAUUCUUUACAGGAAUUUGGUGAUGGUAUUUAUAAAGUGCUGAAAAUACUGUCUGACAAUGACCCAGCAGAUGCACAUUGUAUUGACAAGCCGUACAUAGACAAAAGGGGAUGGGUGUUCGAGUUUAACAAGGUCACGUUUUUCAUAACAACAUUUGCUCCGUUCUACCCUGAGAGUCAUCCUCGAUAUUCUUUCGGUGCUAAAAAUUGUUACAUUCUUCUGCAACCGGAAUUAUCUUUCGCUUUUCAUGAUCUACCUCCAGACACACCGGAAACAAACUGGGACCGACCAAAAACUGUACGCGAUAAGAUACGUGUUGCGUUUAAAGAAGCAGGAAGGUCAUACUAUAUACCAGAUUCUAUUUAUAGCCCUAUGGUUCAUGAAAUUCUUAGACCUAUCUGUGAUCAAGAUUCAUAUUAUGAAUGGUGGAGAAAUGGGAAAAAGAGUCAGUAAAGAAAUGAAAUUUUAGACUUAAUAUUUAAUGAAAAUCCUAUGUGAUCAUAUUUUGUUGCAAGAAAAAACCGUCUUCAUUUGUUGGAAUUUUUGCCAUUCCAACAAUUGUCAAGUUGAACACUGUCAUUAAUUUUUCUAAGCUGUUUUCCAACAAGCAACGUGAUGGCGUGUUAUACGGCAUAAUUACUGAAACAGGUGUGAAGACUGUAGUGCAUUGAGACAUAGCAUAAUUUAUAGUUUAUGUUAGAAAUAUGUUACACCAAGGCUGUCGUUGACGGUCCGGUCUUAGCCGGACCAAUAUUUUGGCAAAAAAUGUCUGGUCCUUAGCGGGGAAAAACAACAAAAUAACAAAAAAAACAAUCGAAACAUGCGUCGCUGAUUAGCAGUUUGACACUUAUCUGGCCCCUUAUGCAAGGCGUAGUGAUAAAUGUACAAACAUGAAACUAAACAACUGGACACUGUUAAUUGACCAGGUACAUGUAGAUGUACUACGAAGUCAAGUGUGAAGUUAUCUUAAUUGAAGGCAUUAAUUGAUAUCAAUGUGGCUUCGGACAGUUUACUAUUUAUAUGUAUGUAUAUUCAAAAUAUAACAUCACAAUUCUAUAAAUUUUUCUGCUAUUCACAAACAAGUAUUUUAAUACAAAGAGUUUAAAAUGUUAAGAUAUCAUGACGUUUGACACAGUUUCAUUGGAAUCAAUUCAACUAAAAUUAUUUUUGUUUCCAAAAUGAAUGAAGGCGAUGUGUUUGUUGAAAAUUCACAUGAAAUCAGACUCUGAUCAAUUGAUAAUGAAGAUUAAACCAUUGAAGAUUAAACACAAUCUGCUUACUAUAACUGUUCUUGUAUGUAAUAUUUCUUAUUAUUUAUUUAUUUAUUAUUAUCAGAUAAGAUACAACUAAAGAAUUAUAACAACAUCAA